AUGUCCGACCAGGGGGAGCUGUACGAAGAUUCCUGGAUUCUAUAUCGUGUCCUGGACAGGAUGAUGGGGAACCGGGAAAUGGUGGCCGUCAGCAGGAAGCUGAUACUUGUACGAGAUAAAACGUCAGCCCACACAUUCCUACAAUGGAGAAUUUCGUUCGCGACUGCGGAACGCAAACUCAUUCAUUCUCUCAGUCAUGCCCAGGUCCUAGUGUACUGUCUUCUUAAGUACCUUUUAAAACAGAUAUCUGGGAAGUUGAAACAAAUAUAUGGGGAUACAGAUAUUCUCUCAUCAUAUAUUAUCAAAACAACUAUACUCCAUGCAGUAGAAAACACACCUUUAUCUUUAUGGGAAGAAAAGAAUACAUUUCUUUGUUUCAUGCUGUGUUUAAAUAUUUUGGCCACGUGGGUGAAAGCAGGAUAUUGUCCUAAUUACAUUAUAAAUAGGAACAAUAUGUUUCUCGGUAAAGUUCAUGGAGAACAUCAACAAAAACUCCUUCGUUUACUUGUUGAACUCCGUGAUAUGACAUGGGGUUGUCUAUCAAUAGGAACAUUCUUCCAACCAUCUAUAGGAGAGUAUAUUCAGAGGGUGAAAAAUGGAGCAUGGGAACUAGUACUGCCUACACCAGCACAAUCAGAAAGAGAAAUUGAUUUUACAAUAUUUGAACAGUCCUUCCUUUUGUUUUGUGCAACUGAUGUACUACCCGCUUUGAAACUUCUGAGCAAAUCAAAGUCGGACAUGGAUGAAUGCGUAGCUUACUUCAAUACAGUAAGUGCACUCUCUUUCAAAUGGAUGGAGGUAUUUGAGAAACAAGCUCCUCUCGAAGGAAACAAACAGAAGUACAAAUCUCUUAGGAAAUGUAAGAAGUUUAUAUCACCACUUGCCGUAACUUGUACAAGUCCAGGUCUACUGACGUUGGCAACCUAUCACUACCAGACUGGGAAUUACAUGAACACACUGGAAACGUGUGGAUACCUAAUCUCCUCGUGGAAAGUUUUCAGUGGGAAUAUUAGUGAGAAGGAUCGUGAUAGAUACGAACAUCUCUACUGUGGGCGUGGGUAUAGUCUUCUACACAAAUUUCAGCAAGCAUUUAUAUUUGACAUGGUUUUUACAGAAACAUCUUCAUAUUUCUGUCCAGUUAAUUUACAACAAGAGUUAACGAACGUUGGUAGUAGCAAACUUAUAAUCCCACCACUCCCUUACGCCGUGUUCCUGACCUUCCUGUGUUACCAUGAGCUGAACGAUACAAGAAGACGUGACGCAGCACUGAAAGACCUUCGGGCCGUGAAGUAUGAUACAAACCAGGGAGGAAGUAAAUACUGGAUUGUCCACAAUCUCUUAGGGAUCUGUUACGAAAUGGUCGGGGACAUACACAUGGCUCUAAGGGAAUACAAAAACUCUCUGAGUGGUGAAAAACUAUUUCAUUAUAAUAAUCCCGCCAUGGAGAGGAUAGAACGACUCGAAUAUUAACAAUAACGGCAAAGAAUUUAUUUUCGAUGCUAUGUAAAGGAUCAACAUCAAUAGAAAUGAUUCCGUACUUGUUAUAUACAUGUUAAUAUGUACGUGUGAAAUGUACAUAUUCUAUAAGAAUGAUAUGUACACAAUAUUCCGUAAGAGC